AUGGAUCGACUCGUGCUUGCUAUAUUUACGGUGCGACUUGUAGGGGGGGCGUAUUACAACACCUUUACUGGAGAGGUGUUGCCCAAGGACACGGCCUUGCAGAUGGAAGCGAUGAGGCUGGUCCCAUGGUGCGCAAUAGAGAUCGCGGACUGCAACCCGCACGAACCACGACGUAUGGACGGUUCUUGCAACAACCUCAAAUAUCCGUCGAGAGGCGCCCAACUCACUCCAUACUCGAGGAUGCUGCCGCCGCAGUAUGGCGCUGAUGGUGGCAUCAGGCCGGCUAAGUCUGGAAAUCCGCUGCCAAACGCUAGGGCGCUGCGGGUCGCUAUUAUGUCUGAUGGCAGAGCUGCCAGCAGUCGCUUCACCAACAUGGUUCCGAACUACAACGUGUUCAUCACCGGAGACAUCACUUCGGUCCACGACACGGCCAACUACGUGGCAGUCACCACCACUUGCUGUCUACCAGGUGGCAGACAAGACCCUCGCUGCUUGCCGAUAGAAGUACCUCCAAACGACGUCCACCUCAGAAGAACUGACAUCCGCUGCCUCAAUCUAACACGAGCUAUCACUUACCAACGAUUGGGCUGUGUGGCCUCGUCUAUUUCGCCAGAGAGGAUCAACACAGCGGCGCCGAUGCUAGAGAUGUCGAUAGUGUACGGCCACGACGGGCGAGGCGCGGCGGAGGGGCGGGAGUACGCGGGCGGGAGACUGAGAGCUGAACUCCUGAAGGGCAGGGAGUGGCCUCCGACAGGCGCCGGGUUCUGCGUGAACAACGAACCGCCGAGAGAGACGCGGUGUCAUGAUUCACGUACCGUUUUGUAA